CACGCACUCACGCACUCACUCACUCACUCACUCACUCUUGCUUAUGGACCGCCGCCGUGUUGCUGGGAUGUUGUUCGACGUUAAACAACAAACAACAACUACCAUGAAACACCCAUUUAGUGAAGUAGGUUGACAUUUAAGUUGUGUCAUUAUAUCUCAAAAGGAAACGAGACGAACACUGUACAUAUCUAUUAUUUAAUGUUCACUAGGGUUGCCGGUUACAUUUACCGGAGAGAAAUAUUAGUGUCGGGAUGCAGCCUUCCAUCCAGCAGAUGCUUGUGGCCUGUUGGGUGCUACAUUGGCACCAUAACCCCGUGUUUUGCACAGCGCCAUGGAAGGGGACUGGUGAAAUUGCAUGUCAGCAAAUUAAGGAACUGGCGGCUGGCUGCAGCAUCAACCCCCAUGUUACGCUGUGCCCCACUGAUGCGAAAAAAGGGCGAACAGUCAAGAAAAGUCAAGCGGUACAAGGGAUACAAGACCAUCAGAGCUGCCAAUGAGACGAUUCGCGUGAAGAUAUCCUGGAUUAUAAAGACGUGGCAUGACGCAUCGGGGCGGUGUGAAGAAGAUGGCGGGUUUCUUGCCGUACUGAACACCGACACGAGACGGAAUGUUGUUAAACGGAUCGUUGGUGCUCAUGCUUUCACCCUGGAAAAGGCUUGGAUUGGCUUAAGAGACGUCCACGGUAACAACACGUUUGUUUGGGUGGAUGGAACUCCUCUUGUCAACUGGAAGAAAAGAAUAGUAAAAGCUACUCCAACGAACGUUUUGAGAAAGCAAACUUGUGUUGCAGUACUUAUCGGGCACAGGCUGCGGAUGGGUACCAGUAUGUGUGACAAGAAAUUACCCUUUUUGUGUCAGAUAUAGCAAGAACCCCGUGAAGAUCCGGGUAGCGAAUAGGUCUUCAACAACCAAUGCUUGCCGUAAGACGUGACUAACAACAAACAAACAAACAAACAAACAAUGUGUAGUGUAGGAUUUACGAAGAGAGCGACCCGUGAAGAUCCGGGGUAGAACAGGUCUUCAGCAACCCAUGCUUGUCGUAAGAGGCGACUAACGGGAUCGUGUGGUCGGGCUCGCUGACUUGGUUGAUGCAUGUCAUCGUAUCCCAACUGCAUGGAUCGAUGCUCAUGAUGUCAAUCAUGAGAUGUUUUUCGGUAACUGUUGUUCAUGUGAUUAGAGUAAACUACAAAUGUCUCUUAAGAGUCCCAAAACUCACAACACGGGGAUGUAAUUGACUGAUCCAACCACUCAAUCUUCGAUGUAUUCAGGAAAAUAAAAGAGCUACAAAAUCAUACAAAUAUACAGUAACUUUUAAUUUUAUUAAUAAUUGUCUAAUGCAUUGUAUGUAGUCAAGUUGUGCGUUUGAAUCCAAAAUGUGACUCCACUUUACU